AAGAGAUCUGAUAGAGAGGUUUGCUAACCACAACCAUAAGUGAGGCCGAAGGAAAGUGGCACUGCUCACAUUUUCAAAAUGGAUGGUAAAAGGAAUAUAUACAUAUGGGAUAUGGACGAAACCCUUAUUCUACUCAAGUCUCUGCUAGACGAAACUUACGCUCGGGCUUUCAAUGGCGCAAAGGAUGUCCGGAAAGGUGUGGAGAUCGGGAAGGCGUGGGAGACCAAAAUUCUUCAAGUCUGCGACGAUUAUUUCUUCUAUGAACAAAUUGAGGACUGCAAUUCGCCUUUCCUUGAUGCAUUGACGCAGCACGACGAUGGAAUAGACCUAUAUGGGUAUGAUUUCAACCGCGAUGGCUUUAGUAUUUCAUCGUUUGAUGAGACCAGUAAAACGAAGCUGGCAUACAGGCAUCGGUUUAUAACUGAGCUGUAUAAGAAGGGAUUGCAUAGUAUUUUCAAUGAAGAUACUAUAAAUAUAUGGAAUGAUCUCUAUGAUGUGACGGAUACUUAUACUGAUAAAUGGCUCUCUUCAGCUAGUGCCUGUUUGGAGCAGUGUCUGGACAAGAAUAAAGAACUAGUAUCUAGUAGUGCCUCUGCCUCUGCUACAACUCAGGACAUCAAUGUUCUUGUAACUUCUGGAUCAUUGAUACCAAGCCUUGUGAAAUGUUUACUCUUUCGAUUGGAUGGCUUUAUAAGUUGUGAAAAUGUUUACAGCUCAUGGGAAGUGGGGAAGCUUCAAUGCUUUUCUUGGAUAAGAGAGCGAUACGACAGUCCCAACACGCAGUUUUGUGUGAUUGGCGAUGGAUGGGAAGAAUGUGAGGCCGCAGAAAAAAUGAAAUGGCCUUUCAUGAAGAUUGACGUGCCUCCGGGUGGGACCCACAGGUUCCCGGGGAUCUCAUUGAGGACUUUGAAUAGCUACAUAUCUGUGGUCUAUGGAAAUGACAAUGCUUGUAGCUCAUGAAUGAAUGAAUAAAUAAUUAGUUUUAAGUUUUAACUUCUACAGCUUGUAAUUAAGUUGACAGACCUAUAAAAAUGAUCCCCAAGAUAAAAUCCUACUGUGUGAAGAUGAUAGAAUGAACACAGUUUGA